AUGUACCGGAACAUGGAGUCACUAUGUACCGGAACAUGGAGUCACUAUGUACCGGAACAUGGAGUCACUAUGUACCGGAACACGGAGUCACUAUGUACCGGAACAUGGAGUCACUAUGUACCGGAACAUGGAGUCACUAUGUACCGGAACAUGGAGUCACUAUGUACCGUAACAUGGAGUCACUAUGUACCGGAACAUGGAGUCAUUAUGUACCGGAACACGGAGUCACUAUGUACCGGGACUCGGAGUCACUAUGUACCGAACAUGGAGUCACUAUGUACCGGAACACGGAAUCACUAUGUACCGGAACAUGGAGUCACUAUGUACCGGAACACGGAAUCACUAUGUACCGGAACACGGAAUCACUAUGUACCGGAACAUGGAGUCACUAUGUACCGGAACACGAAGUCACUAUGUACCGGAACAUGGAGUCACUAUGUACCGGAACGUGGAGUCACUAUGUACCGGAACAUGGAGUUACUAUGUACCGGAACGUGGAGUCACUAUGUACCGGAACGUGGAGUCACUAUGUACCGGAACAUGGAGUCACUAUGUACCGGAACAUGGAGUCACUAUGUACCGGAACAUGGAGUCACUAUGUACCGUAACAUGGAGUCACUAUGUACCGGAACAUGGAGUCACUAUGUACCGGAACAUGGAGUCAUUAUGUACCGGAACACGGAGUCACUAUGUACCGGGACUCGGAGUCACUAUGUACCGAACACGGAGUCACUAUGUACCGGAACACGGAAUCACUAUGUACCGGAACAUGGAGUCACUAUGUACCGGAACAUGGAGUCACUAUGUACCGGAACACGGAAUCACUAUGUACCGGAACACGGAGUCACUAUGUACCGGAACAUGGAGUCACUAUGUACCGGAACACGAAGUCACUAUGUACCGGAACAUGGAGUCACUAUGUACCGGAACGUGGAGUCACUAUGUACCGGAACAUGGAGUCACUAUGUACCGGAACGUGGAGUCACUAUGUACCGGAACGUGGAGUCACUAUGUACCGGAACAUGGAGUCACUAUGUACCGGAACAUGGUGUCAUUAUGUACCGGAUCACGGAGUCACUAUGUACUGGAACACGGAGUCACUAUGUACCGGAAAACGGAGUCACUAUGUACUCGAACAUGGAGCCACUAUGUACCGGAACAUGGAGUCACUACGUACCGGAACAUGGAGUCACUAUGUACCGGAACAUGGAGUCACAAUGUACCGGAACACGGAGUCACUAUGUACCGGAACACGGAGUCACUAUGUACCGGAACAUGAAGUCACUAUGUACCGGAACACGGAGUCACUAUGUACCGUAUGUACUGUAUUCUAACUGUCACGACGGUCUCCCUACAGCUGUGACUGUCUUGUGUCUGUAG